AUGGAUCGUCGCAAAUUAACUUUAGGGCUUAUUCCCAACGAGAAAGCACGGAGGAUCACCUACGAGAAGAGGAAAAAGAACGUGAUGAAGAAGGCCCAAGAGUUCGCCACCCUAUGCGACCUAGACACGUGCAUGAUUAUUUAUGGCCCCACGGGAUCUGCCACCGCCACCGAGCCCGAGGUCUGGCCCGCAAGCCCUGGGAAGGUCAAGCGCAUUAUCGAGCGAUACAUGAGCGAAGGGGCGGACCGCUGUGCCAAGAGGACGGUUAGGCUGCCCGAGUUCUUUGCGAACCGGGAGAGGAAGGUCGACGCCGAGCUCACCGAGGCUCUGCCGGCGAACCGGAAGGCCAAGUAUCCGGUCUCGGAGUCGCUGAUUGCGGGCCUAUCCAAAGAGGACCUGAAGAGGCUACUGAACUCCCUGGGGCACAAGCUCGAGGCGGCCAAGGCGAGGCUGGCCGUGAUGAAAGAGGACGCAGUGAGGACAUCAUCGAGCUAUAUGAAUGAUCGUCAGGUCCAUGCUAACGAACGUAUUUAUGAUCAACAUCAAAUGCAGGGCUCGUUUCAGGAUCCCUCGUCGCCGGAUGGUACUCCGAACUUCAGGGCGUGCUACAACGCGUCAAUGGUCCAGCCGGCCCACCCCCGUGCUGCUCUCCCUGAUGCAGGGCGAUCCGUUCCUGACCUGGAUAAUGCAGGCUCGUUUCAGGAUCACUCGUCGCCAGAAGGUACUCCGAGCUUCGGGGCGGGCUCCAAUGCGUUGAUGGUCCAGCCGGCCCGCCCCCAUGCUGCUCUCGGUGAUGCAGGGCGACCCCUUCCUGACCUGAAUGAAGCCUGCUCGUUUCAGGAUCACUCGUCGCCGGAAGGUACUCCGAGCUUCAGGGCGGGCUACGAUGCGUCGAUGGUCCAGCCGGCCCACCCCCGUGCUGCUCUAAGCGAUGCAGGGCGACCCGUUCCUGACCUGAAUGAUGCAGGCUCAUUUCAGGAUCACUCGUCGCUGGAAGGUACUCCGAGCUUCAGGGCGGGCUACAACGCGUCGAUGGUCCAACCGGCCCGCCCCCGUGAUGCUCUCGGUGAUGCAGGGCGACCCGUUCCUGACCUGAAUGAUGCAGGUUCUCCAUGCAUUAUUGCCUGA